CGGGCGUUGCGAUCGUGCCUGAGCAAUUUUUCCUGCCUCUUUCCGGAUGUCUCGUAAUAAGAGCAUAAUGACACUCGAUUCGUGUUUUUACACUCGUGCCAAAUUGUCGUCGUCGUUCGCCCUCGUCGUCGAUUGUUGAUUAUGUCGUGUGCUCGCGACGGUGCGAGAUAUAAUGCGCGAAAGUGUCACUGAUUGAGCGAAGAAAAAAGUAUGGCACGUCCCAAGCACAGAGUGAGCGCAGACGUGUGCGCUGACUGCGGGGCACUCGAGCCAGGAUGGGCAUCAAUAAAUAGAGCUAUUUUGUUAUGUGAUGAUUGUUGUGGGAUUCAUCGAAGCUUAGGACGUCAUGUGUCGCAUAUUAAGUCAUUGCACAAGAGUAUUUGGAAUACACAGCUAUUGAAUAUGGUGCAUACCUUGAAUGAUAAUGGAGCUAACAGUAUUUGGGAACAUUCCCUGCUAGAUCCUAGUAACUCAAAGAUUAGUAGAAGAAAACCACAGGCCAAGGAUCCAUUACAUCCUGUAAAAGCAGAAUUUAUUAAAGCCAAACAUCAACACUUGGCCUUUAUAUUACGGCCAAGUAAGGAGGAAUGUUGUACUGAAGAAGAGUUAAGUAGACAGUUGCACAGUAGCGUUCGUACAAGCAAUUUAGAGACUUCAUUGAGGCUAUUGGCACAAGGAGCCAAUCCCAAUUACUUUUAUAAGGAGAAAGGAACUUCUCCUUUGCACGUUGCAGCACGUGCUGGACAAGUUCUUCAAGUAGAACUUUUAAUAGCUAAUGGUGCAAAUCCAAGUGUAGUAGAUUUAAAUGGACAAACAGCUGCUGAUAUUGCCAAGAUGGCAGGACAUAUAGAUUUGUCUGAACGCAUAAUUGAAUGUAUGUAUGAAGUAACAGAUAGAUUGACAUACCACGUGUGCUCUCGUAAGCCGAAUCAUCGAGGUGACGAACAUCUCAUCAUUUCUGAUUUAGCUUCUAAUCUGGACAAGAAUGAAUUAGCUUUAGAAAGAAGAAACAGACUACAAAUGUUACCCAAUCACUUAUUGGAGGAAUUAGCAAUGGAUGUUUAUGAUGAAGUAGACCGCCGAGAAACAGAAACAAUUUGGUUUUCGACUGCAUCCCUCCCGGAAAAGUGUACCGUUCCAUUCCUACCGGUUAAUCCGCAGCUGUCGUCCACCAGGAAUCAAGGAAGACAAAAAUUGGCAAGAUUUACGCCCAAAGAGUUUACCACUCUCAUCGUCGAUUUAUUGGUAGAGGCCGGCCGAAGACACAUGCUUUCCAACAAUACACUACAGAAUCCUGCGGUGUCUAUACUUCGGAAGGAGCAACUGGGCAAACAUGGGUCACAGGUCUCCGAUGACGAGCCUCUGUAUGACAGUGUUGCGUCUGACGAUGACUACGCUUUAACAUCUACGGACAAUACUUCAUCGGACGCUUCGAAUCAACCCAAAGCUGACAAUGAGGAAACAUUUGCACCGAUGGCCAAGGGUCUUCCGUCCAUGGUAGAAGUCUUGAAGAAACAACUGACCCUGUCUGAAUCAACCGUACGAGAUCUGCGUGAGCAAGUACAUACCUUACAGACUACUGUCGAGCAGCUCACUCAAGAGAACAGCGAAUUGAAACAUAUGCUACAAGCAAAGAAUUCCGGCGAUGGCACUAUCAAUGGACAUGUUGGCGGCGAACAAGAACCGGAACUGGAGCCAGUGCACGACAUCAAGACGUCUACUAUUCGAGGAAAUCAACGACCAGCGUCGAUGUACGAGACUAGAGAAGGUUUACGAAAACCAGCGUCCUGGUCGACUCCCAUUUGCCAAACGAAACGCGAUGCGGAAACGUUAUCGCGGAAUAACACGCAGAGCCUGUGGGAAUGCGGCGCUCCUAAUCUUCCACCCAGCGAAGAGGUGACCAGACGAACGGAACAAGUUACCAGGCGAAUUCAAGAACUGUGGUUGGCCAUGCAAGACCCGAGCCAACGAGAAGCUUUCGUCCCUUGCGCGGAGAGAAUACGUGUCGCCGUUGCCGAGUUAACCGCUAUAUUUCCUCAGAAUCCUAUAGAGGAGAAUAUCAGAUCUGCCUUGCGGCAAUUGAACGGCAACACCGGGAGGCUUCAAGCAGAAUGUUCUGGCCUACAAAGAUGCACGAGUGACGCCGAGCAUAUGGAUCGUUGUCUGCAGCAAGUACGUUCAUGCGCUUACGAUAUUGCCAAAGCAACCAAGACUCUUGUCACGCAAUUUCAAACAUUGUAGAUCGCAGGUUUUGACGUUGUAGAGACAGUAUCGGAUAUGUAUGCGCAAUUUUCCUGUAUAUUUUCAACGACGAUUGUAAAUACUUUUAUAUAGCCUACCGAAAAAGUUUACUAAGACUAUUCUCUUCUCAAAUCUUCACUACGCGUAUUAUUGCUUCACAUGUAUUCAUUUCACGAUCGGUAGUUGCCUCGUUUGUUUCUGUUUUCUUUUUUCAUUUCGUUAAAUUUCAUGUAAAUACGAAGUAUAUAGGACCUUUUUAUAUCUGGUAAGAUUAUUACUUUAAUAGUUUACAAGACACUAGAUUGCUAAAAUUAUAUACUUUACAUUAUUUAAUUACGUUUGAAUGCACGAUUUAACACACGAGACAUGACACUGUUUGAAUAUAGAUUUUACAUUAUGUAUCAUUUCUUUAAUGUUUGUAAAAGACUGAAUAGCGGCAAACCAAUGAACUCUACACGUAUACAGUUUAAGUUUAUAGUUUUCAUUUAACUUGUCCAAAACAAAAUUUUGCGCGAUGGAAAUGAAAGACGGAUUAGAGCGUUAUUGUUUUAUAUACUAGAAUAGAGAGCAUGCCUUUUAUGCGACAAUGUAAUGUUAAAAACUUUUAUUACUUUUACUUCAUUUCUUAUAGAUAUUCUAUAUAAAAAAUAGGAAUAGAGACAGAAAGAUAAAACAAUCUGACUCUAAUUGAUGUAGCUGUCUUUCUAAAAUAUCGCUUUUAUCGUAUUACACAUAUAUAGUAAGAAUAUAAGAGACAAAGAUGCUUAUCAUCUUCCAUCCAUAUUGUAUGUGUAUUCAUAAAGAAGUUCAACAAUUAUAUAUUAUACUAGCAACUUUUAAUCUAAAACGACUGAUGUGGAACGUUUCAAAAAGUUUUUGAUGACUUUUUUUUAAUACACUUCUAAUUUGCUUGUUGAAUAGUCCAAUCAUGCUAAAGAAAGUUCGA